AUGAAGAAAAGCCAUUUGGUCAAACGGGGUCUUCAAGACGCCAACCAGCUGUCAUCGCAGCCAGACAAAGUGGGCUGGAUUCGCAAGUUUUGUGGCAAAGGAAUAUUCAGGGAAAUAUGGAGAAACCGUUUUGUAAUGCUGAAAGGGGACCAUCUCUACAUUUUCGAGAAGGAGAUGAAGGGCGACGGGAAGACGCACGAGGUGUUUGAUCUGGCGGAGUACGAGCGCUCUGAGGAGCUGCGCAAGGCGAAGAGCCAUAGCAAGAGGAACCACAGCAAGUUCACCCUACUGCGCUGCCGCCAACCCGGCAACCGGAGCCCCAAUCUUGUGUUUCUGGCUGUGAGUCCAGAAGAGAAAGAGUCUUGGAUCAAUGUUCUAAACACUGCCAUCACCAGAGCCAAGAACCGCAUUCUAGAUGAGGUUACGAUCGAAGAGGAGAGUCUUCUGGCACACCCCACCCGUGACCGUGCCAAGAUUCCUCUUGGGCGCCGUCUGCCCACACGCGGGCAUCUCAUGGCUGUGGCAUCCACUUCCUCUGACGGUAUGCUGACCCUUGACCUUGUCAAUGAGGAGGAUGAGCACGGCUUUAGGGUCGACCCAAAGAGAGUUGCCUCAGGUCGGCAGCGCUCGGGGACCGACGUCUCCGGGCUCAGAGCUGCUCCGACUGAGGCCAAGUUAAAGUCGGGCAGCCUGCCUCGUGGGAGUGAGCUAUCCUGGAACAAAGAGAGCCAAAACCAUUCUCCGAAGGAGGUGAAAAAGCCCAUGGCCCAGGGGCGGAGUCGCUGCGCCUCGAUGGACGAUGCCCUUUCUCGCGGCGAACGGAGACCGAACAGGAGGGAUGCCAACGGUCGCCAGGCAACCGUGGGCCAUAGUCCCACAAGUCACCUGCAGGACCUUAUUAACCAGAGACUGCACCGGACCCAAGAGUUGUUAGCAGAGAUUCGGGAACAGGAUCCUGCACCCAGGGGCAGGAUGAGCUCCUAUCCCCAUCUGAGAGGCAUAGACUCACCCCGUUUGCGCCAUCUGAAGGGCUCCCCACAGUCGAAGGGAUCCAGUUCGCCUCAGGGUAAAAACCUAGACUCACCCUCCUCCUCAAAGAUGAAGGACUCUCCCGGCUCCAAGACAAAGGAUUCACCUCGCACCAAAUCAAAGGACUCUCCUCGUUCAAAGGCCUCAAAGUCGCCUCAUUCCAAAAGUCUGAACGGGUGUCGGUCGAAGAGUAUUGACUCACCAGACUCGAAGGGUUCAAACUCCCCCCAUAUGAAAAGUAGUGACUCGUGCCAAGUCAGAGGUUUGGACUCACCUCUUUCCAAUGGUUCGAAUUCUCCUUGCGUAAAAGACACAGACUCACCCAGUCUGAAGGUUUCUUUCUCUCCCCAUUUGAGAGGUGUGGACAUUAUCCGAAUGAAAAGCACAGAGUCACCUCUCGACGAUUCCUUGGAUUGGGACGGUCGGAGGGCAACGGCCGAGCGACUGUUACAGGAAGCUAUUUUGUCUUGGCAGGAAGCAAGAGAAGUCCUGGCAGAGGUGAGGGAGCUCCAAGCCCGACAAAAACGCGCUGAGAAAAUCACAGCUGAUGCGCAAUCUACACCUUCACACAACAGAAAACAGAAAACUCCCUGA